UGUGAUUUGACAUAAUCGUAAAUGUAUUUGAACUCUUUAUGUCUUACCGAACCAUCCGCAAGACAUUCAUUGACUACUUUACUAAACACGGUCACACUCACGUGCCAUCGUCACCCGUUGUGCCUUCAUUCCAUGACAAAUCAUGUCUCUUUGUCAACGCCGGAAUGUUCCAGUUCAAAAACCUCUUCUUGGGGCAACAACAUCCAGAUUACCCGGGUUUGAAAAGAGCUGUGAACUCUCAAAAGUGCGUGCGGAUUAGCGGAAAGCACAACGAUUUAGACGUCGUGGGUAAAGAUGGUAACCAUCACACGUUUUUUGAGAUGCUCGGUAAUUGGUCUUUUGGGGACUACCCGGCUGAAAAAGCAUGUCACAUGGCGUUGGACCUUCUAGUAAAUCACUACAAAUUGCCAUUUGAAAAAUUGUUUUUCACUUACUUCGGCGGAGGUAACAACUUACAGCCGGACUUGACAGUGAGGGAUAUCUGGAUAUCUCUUGGAGUCCCAAUUACUCAAAUAGUGCGUGGACACCUGCCAAUGAAGGACUUUGUUAGGCCACCUAUGACAGAUAAUUUUUGGGCGAUGGGUGCUUCGGGACCUUGUGGAACUUGUACAGAGAUCUACUAUGAUAUAAAUGGAGUCAUGCAUGAUCGAGAGUAUUUCUACGUGAAGCAUAUUGAUGAGCUGGAGGAGAUCUGGAAUAUAGUGAUGAUUAAUUAUAACCGCCAAGCGGACAGUGGCAACUUGGUGCCCCUCUCCCAAAACCACGUCGACACUGGAAUGGGUUUCGAACGACUAGUGAAAGUAUUGGAGGGAAAGAAUUCGAACUACGAGACUUCAUUAUUCACCCCACUUACUGAAUAUUUUGAAAACGCAAACGGGAAAAAGAUGAAGUUCCUUGAUUGUGAAGAUGUAGACAAGCAAGCUUUUCAGACACUGUUGGAUCAUAUGAGGUGUUUGAGUGUAGCUAUUACAGACGGUGCAUCAUUCUCUUCCGGCGGCCGGGGACCCGCACUCAAACAGCUGAUGAAAAGAUCAAUCUGGUUUGCAGAGCGCAUUCUCCAAAUCGAACGUCUCGAUUGGGAGAAAAUUGUGAAUAUAAUGGCAGAUACAUACAGCGAUAGCUUCCCCGAAAUAGGUGCAAAUCAAGAAUGCACUAUAGAAGAGCUAGUUGGGGAAGACUUAAAAUCGCGGAAAAGUUUGUACAGCGCAGAAGAAAUAUUUAAAAAACAAAUUUCUCAAAAAAGUUUCAAUUUGGAUAGAGUAAGGAAGUUAUAUGAGACACAUGGUUUACCGUUGGAGGUUGCGCGUUUGUUAUGCAGAGAAAAGGGAAUAAAGUUUUCCACUCAUGACAUCGUAAAGAUUCAGUCUUAUACUGCUGUUCAGAACCCUCAGUUUGCAUCUACGCCCUCUUUCAUUCCCGAUCUGAUUCCCGUUUAUCCCGAGUUCAAAUCUUUCAUGGCGAAAAAUGGAGUUGAGUCACAUUCGGUGCUGAUCAGGAAAGACUUGUCGUUGGAAGGUGUUAAGAUUUUAGCGAUUAAGCAGAGAGAAAGAGUUGUUCAAAGUAAAGCGAAGGAUGGUUUCGCAUCUAUUGUACUGGAUAAAACGUGUUUCUUUCCAGCCAAGGCAGGGAGCGUAUCGGACAGUGGAACUCUGGUGUCUGAUGACUACGAAUUCCAAAUCGAACGGGUCGAAUGUCUAAAUGACCUACUGAUCCACCAUGGGACCUUCAAGUGCUUAUCAGACACCGAGUCUGUGGAAGGGCUGAGCUUCAGAAUGCAGGUGGACGUUGAAAGACGACUUGCAAUUGCACGAGCGCAUACUUCAGUUUUAGUAGUGGCGCACAAUUUGGCCAGAGAAUAUGCGAUUAAAAACAAAGAAUUGAAUAUAGUGGACGUAGAAGUGGGCUUUGAUCGAGCUAUUUUGAGGGUUAUGUUUGACCCCAGUUUGAAGUCAGGCGUGUAUCAGGGACGGAGCUGGGCAGAGGUUGCGAGGACUUGUUCGCUAUACGUGGAUAAGUCGCAUGCUCAUAAAAACGAAUCUGAACCAGAAGGAAGUUUAGUCCCGGAAGAGGAUAUUUUCUUCUUCGAUGAGAGAGUGACCCCGUUUCACAAACUUAUUUCAUACCCUUCAGCUACUUACUUUGCUCCGAACCUCAACUUAUCCAGCAGGAAUCUCGAAAAAGUGUCGAAGAGUCCUCAUAUCCUCAGCUGUGCGCCAUUCACAUCGGAGGUUCUGUCUCUUAGUCGUUUGGAAAUAAUCGAUUUCAAAAAAUCCAAGGAUGGGCAUCAUAAAGUUUAUAUUACCUCUGGUCCAGUUGCGGAAGAUAUAUAUCAAUCAAGCGAAGAUGUAGCUGACGGUCUAGGUGCAAUUUAUGAGAUUCCGAAUACCACUGAACAAGGGUACGCUUUGAAAGAAUUAGCCAGGGGGAAGAUUUUAUCAUUCAGGUUUAGGUUUCUCCUGAUGGCGAAAAAAGUGCACAUUGCCAGUCAAGCUGGUUCAAAAUACUUUGGUCUUUUCAGUCCCGAUAAAUUCAAAUGACU